ACGCGGAAAGCAUUUAUUCAGUCUAUAUCCAUUCCGGACAGAGUGCACAUAAACGAAAUACAAGUGGAUUAAACAAACAUAAGAUCUGGUUAUUAUCAACUGUCUUGCCAAGAAGAGAUAAUGUGACUUGUACAUCAAAUUUCAGGGGAAAUGAUAACGGAGUGAUAAGACCCUCGACCGUACCGAAGUGAGCAACGUUACGUUUUGAUGAUGGGAGACAGUUUUUGGUUGGAAGAGGCACUUCAAUUGGACUGGUAUAAAACCAGGAUAAAGCGUAUGUUAAAAGUCGAAACUAUCGCACUUUCCGAAAAUGAGAGAGGGUUUCUAUCUCAAACCACAAAAUAUAAAGUGCACGUGUUGUUACAAAAUAGGCGGAAAAAGCUCAUACAAGUCAUUGUGAAAGUGACUUCCGAUAUGGAAAAUAUUAAAACUUUCACACAGGAAUUAGACGCUUUUCGGCAAGAAAUUAAGAUGUACACAUUGCUGUUGCCAGAGAUGGAAGUUUUGAUGGAAGAGUUUGAAGACACCCGGGAAAGGCUAUGGACCGACAUGAUAACCUACCAACCUUACAACUUGAUCGUUUUCAAAGAUUUGACGGCCGAGAGAUUUAAAGUGGAGGACAGGAGAAAAUGCCUGGGCCUGGAACAUAGUCUCUUGGUUAUGGAAGGAGUUGCGAGGUUUCACGCGAUGUCGAGGAUCCUUUUGGACAGGGGAUUAUUCCCAGCAACCGAUCUGAAAAAGUACAUCUCCCUCAGGCCCAGGAAGGAUCUGUUUAACUACAUAUGGGCCAAUCCAUUAAAGCACGUUGCCAAAGAAAUCAAACAAUGGGGUAACGAAUGGUACACAAUAUUUUUUCCCAUGGUUGAUGUAGGUACACGGCUGUUUCAAUAUGUAGAUGGAUUGUAUGAAAAAUUGAACGAUGCUUAUGAGGUCGACGAACGAAGGUUCAAUGUCAUCAACCACGGAGAUCUCUGGACGUGCAACUUGAUGUUCAAAUACGGCUCUGGUUCGAACAUUGACAGACCCAUCGCUAUCAGGUUCAUCGACUUUCAGAUGAGCUUCUACAAUACGGCAGCGUGGGAUCUGACUUACUUCAUCUGUACGAGCCUGGUACCGUCGUAUAGACGGAAAUAUGAACGGAUCCUGCUCGUGAGAUACGUGGACUGCUUCAACUACAAUCUCGACCUGUACAAGUACGAAGGAGCACGGCUGAAACUGGAGUCGCUCGAAUCGGAAAUGAAAAGACUGGAGCUGCUCCGAGUUUUAUUACUUUCAUUGACUUACCCUAUCAUGACAACUGAUUUAAAAGCAUUUGAUUGGAAUGUCGCCUUCGAAGGAGGAUGCGGCAUCAAUUUGGCGCUAUACCAAGGAGAAAGAGGUGCGCAAUUGAGAAAAUCGAUUGGACCCGAUCUAAAACGGUAUCUUAAGAGUAGGCUUGGUUGAUUGUAACAACGAAAUAAAUGUACCUGUAAAUCAUUA